GUAACUUUUAGCUGGUGGACCCCCCGCGGAUGAUACCUGUGGGCACCCAUCCAAUCGCCUAACACCUCUACGGGAUAGUGCCAGGGUUUUAAUUAAUCCCGUCACUAGCGACUCGUAGCGGCAGCGGUAGCGGCUCAUAAUGGCUCAAAGCAUUUUAGAAGCCGAACAUCGGGUCAUUUUUAUAUAGUCGUCGUCACUGAGACGUUGAAGUUCCAUCUCCGCAGACGUUGCCGAACAAGCUUGAGGUUAUAAAGGUUGGAUACGUCGCAGUUGCAAGAGACGGAGGUUUCUUCGUCAUCGCUCUUUUUGCAUACAAUGAAUGUUUUCCGCCGCAGUAUGGCGUCAGUGGCUUCUUUGAAACAGGCUGGCAAGGUCGUCUGCAUCGGUCGUAACUAUGCGGACCAUAUUGCCGAGUUGAACAGUGCUAGGCCAAAGCAGCCUUUCUUCUUUUUGAAGCCUACAUCUUCAGUUCUAUUACCUGGCGCUGGACCCGUUAUCCGACCAAAGGGUGUAGACCUUCAUUAUGAAGUUGAAUUGGCUCUCAUCCUGGGUAAGCAAGUGAAAGACCUUGCAGUGGAUGAUGAGAAGGGAGCCUUUGAUGCAAUUGCACACUAUGCUCUUAGCAUUGACAUGACUGCGAGAAACAUUCAAAAUGAGGCCAAGAAAAAGGGGCUGCCUUGGUCAAUUGCCAAGGGCUUCGAUACCUUUUUACCAAUGAGCAAUCUCAUCGAGAAAUCAGCAAUCCCCAACCCUCAUGCCAUAGAUAUAUAUCUCACCGUCAACAACAACGUUCAACAGGCGGAUUCUACGGAGCUCAUGCUUUUCCAAAUCCCAAGGAUACUAAGCGAUAUCUCUAAGACUAUGACUCUUGAGAAGGGAGAUAUUAUUCUUACUGGAACACCAAAAGGUGUUGGUCCGGUCGUGCCAGGCGAUGUCAUGCGUGCCGGCAUUAAGAUCAACGGCAAGGAAAUCGAGGAGAGCAAGAUUGAGGUCGCAGUUGAGGAAUCUACGAGCUCAUAUGAGUACGCAGAGACAUAAAUUUAUGUAAUAGACCUUGUUAUGAUUGGUAAAUGCUUCCAACCCUAUCCCUUGCAGUCCUUGUAUAUCAAUACAACUUAGGUAUAUAGAAAACUCAAUUAUUUUCCAACAA